AUGUUUUCCAGUGGAGGUCACGUAAACCCAGCCGUUACGGUGGGGCUAGCGGCAGCUGGCAAGAUUUCACCUAUGGAAGCCCUAUUCUACAUCCUAUCGCAAUUGGUUGGAGGUGUGAUCGGAUCGCUUUUGACAAGGAGUGUACUGUCAGGCGAUCAAUUCGUGGCUAUACAAGGCGGUGCGACGCUAUGUGCUCCUCAUACUCAGUGGUUUCAGGGCGUUAUUGCUGAAGCACUUACUACAUUCUUCUUGGUACAGACAGUAUUGCUGACAGCCGUUGAUGGGACGACCCCACUUGCACCACUUGCCAUUGGUUUCACAGUUCUCAUGGAUAUUAUGGCAGUGUAA